UCAAAAACUAGUGAUCUAUUUCUAUAAUCAGUGAAAAGGAGCAGAUUAUGGAGAAUUUCGACGCCCCAGCGUUGGCGCCCGAGAUCAGUUAUCCCUCCUCUCCGGAACCAUCCGAUGAUCUGGAGGACAUGUACCAAGGACUGACCGUGGAGAGCAUCCACUGCGCUAUGGAGGAGCAAGAAGAGCAUGGCAGAUCACCGCCUCUAGUCCGGUCAGCCUCCUCCCCAGACCGCAUCUUCGCCAACCACAACCUCUCCGGGAAUCACCACCAGCAGGAACGAGGCAGCGACAGCUUCGACGAGGCAAGCACCAGCACCCUGACCCCUCCCCCGUCCAUCUCACCCGAUCCUCCCCCUCCCCCUCCCAGCCCCCCGGGGAGUCCCCCGCCGGCCCACCACGCCCGUCCCACGGGAAUCACCCAGGCCGAGAUGAGGGCGCCCUCUCCCGACAAGAUGUACCUGGAUAUGGUGGGCGACCUGGAGGUCAUGAUGGAGAUUGCCAAGAGUAUGCACGAGCUGGCUCGCCAUACCAAAUCUCUGCUGCACGUGGCCUACGAGCGGGUGGAUCUGAGCGACCCACGCGUCCGGAAUCUUGGCAUGUCCGGUGUGCUGAAGGAUCUGCGCCAGGAGAGCGCUCACUCCGUGGUGGACGGCCAACGGGCCCAGCUCCGCUACGAGAAGGUGCUGUCGGACGUUCGACGGCUUCGCCGAUGCCUGCGGAACCUGGGGUUCUGGCGGCUGGGAGGGGCUUCGGGGGCGCCCCCUCUCGACCCACUGGUGCCUGACACCCCCACGUGGGGGUUGCCGCCUCACUCGUAUUUCACGCACGACAUUCAGUAGACCACGACGACUCC